AUGCAAGAGCGAGCGCAAAUUGCCUCUCGCUACGAAGCGUGGCAAUCAAUAGUGGAAGUGCAAAGGUGGUGGCGGAAUUUCAACGGACCUCAUGCUGUUUUGGAUCCAAAAACCAUUAAAAACUGUCAUUCAAAGUUGAUGAAAACUGGAUCAGUGGCAGAUAGUAAAAGAACCGGCCGUCCUUCAACAUCAAGAUCAGAAGAAAAUAUUAAAAUUGUUCGAGAAAUGUUCACAAAAAGCCCCUACAAGUCAACAUGUCAAGCAGCUCGUGAGAGCGGACUUACACGGCACACUGUAAUGACAGCCCUUAAGUCUAUCAGCUUUCGUCCUUGGAAGCCACGUUACUGCCAUGAAAUAACUCCAGAGGACUGUGAUCGCCGGAUAGAAUACGGAGAGAUUAUGCUCAGAUGGCAUGGAGAUUGUUCAGAACUGUUUGAUAACAUUAUCUGGACUGACGAAGCAAUUUUUCACGUUGGGGGCUUUGUUAACUGUCAUAACUGUCAUUAUUGGGCAGAGUUUGACCCAAAAUAA